GUAGCAGGUACAUUUUGUGUGCAUGAGGAUAUGUUUGCUUUGCUGGGUGAGGGGUCAUAACUUCCAGACAAUUCUUUAGAGUAUCUGCAACUCCAAACAGGUUUUAAUAACAGGCCUCCAGCUUGGUGUCUCAGGUUCCUUCCAGAUGGAAAAUGAUAUGCUCUCAGGAUGUUGUUGAAGCUUCAUCACUAACGGGCAAACGAAAGGCAGAUGGCUGGUUCCUGGAGGAAUGACCUUGUUGAUCCAGAUCCCACAGUCAACAGCUGAGCUUGGAGGUGACCGGCUGCAUGGAGCGGUUUUCCCGCGGGAAGGCCUGCACUUGCACACCAGCCUGAAGUGUCCCUUUCAAGUCACCAGCCGGCCUCGGCUCCUUGAUGGGAGGAGACACGGGCAGGUCCCCGACGAAGGUCCACUCUCUGACGCCCCCGCCCACCGGGUCAACCCGUCGGGACAAGGAGCGAGACCCUUCAGCUCGUUCUGCACCCCCUCUGCUGCCACAGCUAGGGAGGGGGGGCCCAGGGCCCCAUCCCCGAGAGCCGUGGCAGUGCCGCUGCAACCUCACCGGGACUCUCCGGCAGCCAAGGCCGCCCCUCCGGAGCCCCCGCGGCGCCCCUGUGCCGCUCCAGAAUUCCCAUCUGCAGGCGGCCUGGGCAGCGAGGCUGGCAAGCGCAGUGUGCGGACGGACGGAUGGCGGCCCGGGCCGGGGUUGGCGAGAAAGGCUGCCAUGUUUCGGGAAGGAGCACCAUCUCUUAGCUGUGAGUGGGACGGCGUUUCCUCAGGCCUCGGGUUUAAACAGCACGUCCACGCUCGAUGCCCACCAGGCAGGGCAAACUGCCGGGAGCCCUGCGCGGAGGGGGGUGCGGGCCGUGGGGGCGCCAGGCUGGGCACAGCUUUCCUCUGCACUCAGGCCUGUGUCUGUCCCCGGGCUGCCCGGCACGGCCCCUCUCAGAGGCCUCUGCCCUCUGCUGCUCUGCCCAGAGCCGGUUCCCAGGCAGCCACCCUCCUGAGGCCGCGGUCCAGGCUUCAUCACCAGGACGUUCCCCGCAGCCUCCACGUCUAUUUCUGCUGCCAACACGCCGCGUGCGGGGAUUUCUCAGCCACAUCUCUGCCCCUGGAGCCAGGGCGCAACGCUCACGGUGCCCCAGUUAAAGGACCAGCUGCUGCCAGGGCAGCGGUCGCUGGAAGAGAGGGCCACUGCUCAACUUCUCUCGUCAUCCACGAGGCCAACAAAACCCGGGUGGGGUACACUGUACGCAUUCCAGGGCGCGGCCGGAGUACCUUAACAGGUGAGGGCGUGUGCGAGCGGCUGCCUGCAUGCGGCAAGGGGAAAACACCACGCUGCCAAGGAGCAGAAAGCCUCACGUGUGUGUCCACCGGCAGAGGAAUGGAAAACGACGCACGGCCUAUACACACAAUGGAAUAUACCUCAGCCGCAGAAGGGCGGGGAUCCUGACAUGUGACAACAUGGGUGAACCUGGAGGACAUUGCGGCGAGGGCACUGGGUUGAAUACAGACCACCCACGUUUGAGUUCUGGCUCCAUAACAAGCAGAUGCCUAACAGUGUGUAGGCAGCUGACCUACCCUCCCUGAACCUGACGACCGACCGGGACAGUAACACCCACCCCACGUCCCCUGGCGGCUUAAUGGGAGCGUGAAAGCACUUUGUAAACUGUAAAGAACAAUAAAAUUAUAAGAGAUAAAUGAAAAAAUAAAGUCGAAAUACAGUGCCAAAGCAUUUUCACCUGAGGGACCUCGGCAUAACCGUGCAUGCUUGUACAGCCAGGGGCAUUUCUCACGGCGUCCUUACGAGCAGGACCAGGGAAUGAGAGAGUGGGCUUGGGCACUGUUACUUUUCACUUUAAACCCUUCUGUGCGAUUUAAAUAAUUUUUUUAAAACAAGUAUGUUUUCCUCGCAUAACUUAAAACCAAAGCAAUAGUGUUCUAGACAUUAUGGAUAGUAGUAGAUUGCCUAGACCUGAGCUACUUUGGGCUCUUGUCCUGGCUCUGAAAUAGAAAUGAACGAACUAAGGUGAUUCUCUCUCCCCGGGGCAGGCAGUGCCCUCUUAGGAAGGUAGCUGCUGGGAAUAACACCCGGCGAGCCUCCAGCUCUCCGGGGAGACCAUGAUCAGAAGUCCCUUUGCCUUCCUUUGGCUGCCUGCCUGUAAAAAAUAAUCUAUAUAAUAAAAGGCCUGUGGCCGUAAUGCCAUGACGCCAUAACAACCAACGACCGGACUCACCAGGAGGUGCAUGGAUGGGUCCCGCGGUGCCACCGGUGGCUGGAGCUCUCCUCUGGGUUCCGAGGCGCCAGCGGGACUCUGGGUCUCACACGAUUUUGCACACUGGGCCUCUAGUAAUAGUAAUAAUAAAAUAAAUAGAAAUGAACAGGGACCAGGCCACUUCAUGCAUGGCCUCCGAUUUUCCAUGUGUAAAUUGGGAUGUCCAUUCCCUUUCACCUCCCAGCUUCACAAAAUAAAAAUAAAGAGAAACAAAACCUUUUUCGCAACUAACUUAUUAGCUCAAACCUUCCUGCCUGUGUCAGACAGGCGUGCUCCCACCAAGCCCAAGGGGAAGGAAAAGAGACUCUUGUCUUUGCCAGGAGGCACUCCACUGGUGUUCACGCGUUUGACCCCCACAGAGCCCGAGCCCGCUGGCCUCUACCCUCCCAGGGGCCAGAGGAACCUGCCCCAGAAACGGCCCAGGAGCUCCAGGGUGCAGAUCUGAGGACAGUUAGAGGACAAGCCCCAGACGCCAGAGGCCCUCACUUCCCCCUAAGCAAGUCAUUCCUGCUGCUCCAAGGGGGACAGAGGAGGCCGGCCUGUGCGGUGGCCUGGGCCCCGAACGCAGCCCGCACCUUUCCCCAUUUCUUCCUUCUCCUCGCUCAGCAACUCCUGGCAGCUGCCACCCUCUCAGCAGCCUCCCUCCUGUCUGUCCCUCUCCCUCUCCGUGGGCAGUGGCUGCUUGGUAUGCGCGCGGCACCCUGCCUGCCUCCAUUUGGGAAGGUCUCUUUUUGACCUCUCUGUCUCUCAGAGGGCUUUGUGGGGGGAGAGGGAGGGAAGGGAGAGAGCGGCCGUCUCAGCAUUUACCCAAUUAGUGGCGAUUAGGAGGCAAGGCCUGGUGCUCCCCUCAGAGCUGCGGGAGGACAGGGCUGGCUGGGGAGAAGCUGGAAAUGGGCCUCGGACACACGCUGAGAGCUCUGACCAGCCAGCUCCGUCCCAGAUCCUCCUCUCACUCCCCAGGCCGUGGGCAUGCUCGGCUCUCCCACAGCUGCUUCUCCCAGCACUUACUUCUCGGCUUUGCCCUUGAUUCUCAGCCUUGGGCUGUCACUGAGCCCCUACUCUGGCCCUAAGCCCUGAUGUAUGUCUGGUUCCCAUGGUAACCCGAGCCCCACCCCCGGAAGAGUGCCGCUCUCCAUCAUGGGCAUGCCACCUUCCCAGGGCACCCACUGCUUUGGCUCCUACUUACCGUUGGGGCAUUAGGGUCGGCACAGAGACCCCUACGAGGCAGGGCAGUGGGGUCCUGUCUCCAUGCUCUCCUGCACUCACUUGAACCCAGGCGGCAGGUCUAGAACCUCCCAUCUGACGGCGGCUCAAGAGGUCAGACUCCUCUCCCUCCUCAGCAGCUGACCUCAGUGGGUGGAUGGAUUGAAAAGCCAUUUUUAUUAGGAGCGUGGCCUGCCCUGACCCCGACAUCAGGUGCCAACCAUUUGGUAUUGUCCAUCUUUCAAUGCUUACUAAUGAUUCUGAUUAACCUCUACGGAGUUCCAUUUUCUCUAUGCCAAGGAAUACGUGAUUCAUUCCCAUCUGUGCCAGAUUCCUUACAGUUAGUGGUUGGAACUUUCCAUGGCCUCACAACACAUCUUAAUCAGCUGGUGAGUGGGUUUAAUUAGCCGAAGUACAGGCUUUAUUUUUUAUCCCUAUAACUGCUUACUCUAAUGGAAGCCUAUGACUGUGGCUUUUUCUCGUGCACCAUGGUUGCUGCUUUUCAUUGAUGGUGCAUCAGGGCUUGCAGCUCCAAUAUGGCAGCUGGAACACAAAGUCGCCUCUCCGCAGGAGGAGGGUUGAGAAAAUGAGUCCUCGGUGAGGCCUCAGAGUCCUUGUUUUCUGAGGAUGUGACCUCCCACGCGAAGCUGCUGGCUCUGCCCACGGAGAGGAGAUGUGGUUCUCGGCCAGCGCCCCCGGACUUCGCUGCCGCCAGCGCCCCGCAGUGCCUGGGGCUGGAGCCACAUCAGGGACAGCUGGAAAGGCAGCCACUGUGGGUCCCGCAGGUCAGAAGCCAGCCCAGCGCAGGGACCCGUCCCUAGAGCUGCUCCCUCCAGGCAGCAGGCCCUGGGGCCAGCUCUCGGGGCACCUGGGUGCUGUCCUUGUGUAUUAACUGCAGGGAAUGAAACUCAGAGCCCAGAGGCUGCAGGAAACCUGGACUCUCGCAGAACAGUCAUCUGUCUUGAAGGUGAAGAUGAACCUGCAGUUCUUCCUGCAGAGAAAGGGAUCCAUCCACUCAGGGCUCUGGGCCAAUCUCCAGACCAUCCUGGCUGUUCCCAUCGAGAAAUAAGACCUGAUCUUUGGUGGGUGAUUGCCGAGGUCUUUUGGGGACAGAGCAAGAUCUCCAAGGACAAAAACAGGUCCCAUUUACUCAGAUGGUGGGGGAAAGAAACGAAAGGCAGACUAUCUGGUCCAGAGCAGGGUCCCAUUUUCAAGAGCCCCAGGCUUCCUGAGAUAAGCGUCUCCCGGGGGGUGGGAGAACCUGGCGGGCAGGCAGCGGAGCUCCCAGGCCACCCAGCAUGGGCGGGUUCCAGGGCGUUGGUCAGUGUGAGAGCACCUUGGGCUGAGCAGGUCAGGGAGCCCUAUCUCCCCGGGGGUAGGAGCUGAGACCAUCACAGCCUGUUGCCUGGCACAGCCACCCCCACUCUGCCUCUUGCCUGCAGCUCUCUCCAGGCCCGUCAGCUCCAGUCCGAGGAAAUCUGCAUCGCUGGGUUCAAAGACUCCCCUCCCCUCCUGCUUGUCGCCUCCUGUUAAAUAACGUGACACAGAAAGCAGGCCAUGGAGGCGACGGUGCUGGGCUUUCCGGUCGAGCUGUCUUUCCAGGAGCGUCUGACUCACUAGGCAGGAGGCAUGGCCUCCUCUGCCAGCCCCCGGCCACGGUGGGCUGCUGGUGGUGGUGGCAUCGGGCUGAUUCCUUCCUCUCCAUUUUGCAAAAAUAUUUGUACAGAGGCUUUCGUGCCUGACCCCCAGUCAGCAGCCGACAGGAGCCCGGAUUCCUCUUGCCACGUUUCACAGGGUGACGGAUCAGAUAAUGUGCACUUAGCGAGAGCACAAAUAAUGUGGAUCAGGGUUGGCAUAGUGCAGUGAGGUGUAAAAAAAGCAAUUUGAAUUGUUCUGGGGAGACGCCAGGGCCGCUCUGACAUGCUUGCCUGCUGCAAGGCUGCCCUGUGCCCCUCCAGGAGCUGGCGGGAAUGGCAACCAGGCUGCCCGGCGCGGCUGGCCCGAGGGAGCGCAGCACGCCGAGAUGGGAGAAGCUCCACCUCCGCCCGCAGGAAGGGGAGGGCGUGUGUGACAGCACGAGCUCCUAUUGGGACUGGGGGGCGGUGACCUGCUGACCUGCGAGACAGAUGCCCGUCAGAAGGAGGGAGCGAGACAGAACGACUCCAGUCUGCGCCCUUGGGAAUGGCCACUCGGGCAGGCACGUCAGCGCUGUCCGUCACCUGCUUGGAAGAUCUACCCGUCGGGCCCCGGGACCACCAGUCCAUCUAGUCCGUGGCCCGGCCCCCAGACAGAACUGCGCCUCCACUCCCACACCGCAAGUGGGUUGCAAAUGUUCCCAAGGCUCGAGGGAAGGAGCGGGCACGUCCUCUCCUCGUCACCUGCUCUAGUGCCACAACGCCCACCUCUGGACGUGCUUCAGCCCAAAUCAAUCCUUCACAGGGCCUGGCUGUGCUUGAUAAGUUGAUGGCACGUGGGCCUGUGUGCGCCUAAGCCAAGACUGGGCCAUAGCGCCAUGUCCUCGCUCUCGGGAGGAGGAGGUGUGUACAGGAGCCGGCAGCCAGCUCGCCCUCAGCCCAGCCCUCUCUCCCUCUCUCUGUCCUUCCCAACCCCGAUGCGGAGCCUGCCCAGCCAGGCUGGUGCUGCCCUCCGACACUGCGGGGCCGUACCUAUGACGCUCUGCCCGUUGAUGGCUGACUCUCCUCUCCUGCAGUCUGCCAGCCUCUCCCCUGAGCCCCUGCUCCGGCCAAGCUGCUUCCGGGAGGCCCUGCCCAGAGCAGGAGCCGGGCUGUGUAUCACUGUGACUCCUGCUGGGCAGCCUCGCUGUGCGAAGCCACAGAUCUCUGCUCUCCACCCAGCCCCAGCCGCUGUCGCCCAGCUCUCGGGGAAGCCAGGCUAUUGCCCCAGAAGAGGGUCACUAAAACGUUUGGAUUUAUUGUUCAAUAACAAGCAGACAUUGCCAACCUCCUCUAUCAAGUUCCUUAGUCAAGCCAAGCCCCACGCCUGAAACUCGGCAUCUGGGUGUUUUGCGAGACCUGGUCAGAUGGGAAGGUGGUAGGAAAUCUCUGAUUGUUCCCAAUGAAAGCCGAUUACAGGGAGGGAGGGAGGUUUCUGGUGGCUCAGGAAGCUGAGAGGUUUGGGAUAAUAGAUAACCAGCCUGCCGGCCACCCACCCGCAUCACUGACCUCAGAGGGGUCAGGCGGGGAGCCCAGCACAGAUUAAGAACCCAAACAAAAGGGAAGACAGGACAGGCCUGGGGACAGGCAGCCUGCUGAGGGACUGGUGAGGCUUCCAGAUUUCCUCCCCAGGAAAUCUGGGGACACAUUUCCAUGUUGUCUUUGCAUAAAUUUGUGUGCUGAUUUGCAUGCAUUUGCAUUUUUGCCUUCAAAACAGCCAAACUCCCAGAAUAUAAAAUAAAAUGCAAUUAAUUAAUUAAUUGGUAUGAUGGAUGGCAAAUGCAACCAUACUGAAAACACAGGACCCAUGAGGGACCCUGAUCAAGGGACAGAUUCUCCAGCUUGUCCCCCUGAGCCAGGACGGAUCUGGGACACGGUGCCCCUUCUUCCGGAGGUGUCUGUCUCCCCCACUAACAGUAGGCUCUUGGGAGCAGGCGCACAGAGCUGUGUGAUCCCUGUCCCUGGGCUCCAGCACAGGGUUGGUUGAUGUGAGUCUACUAACAAGUGUCUGCAGAGUACGUGAACCAAUGGCUGAGUGAAUGAAUGUUUUCCUUGUAAACUUAUAAUCCCAAGUGAUAGGAUCAGAAAGAACUGACACUCAACCCUCCUAGGAACCAACUAGACAAGGUUCAGAGGCCCACGGAGGGAACUUGCAGGAAGAAUUCUUCACAGGCCUGCUGACCAGGGACAUGGUUCCAGGCAAAUGCAUUGGGAGUGAGUGUAGAGUGAGUCCAGAAGUGUGGGGCUACCCUGGCCCAGAGGCAGGGGCUCCCAGACCUGAGCAGAUAGGCGCAGAGACCUGCCCCUGUGAUGGCUGAAACAAGAAGACAAAGUAAAGGCCUUCUGUCUGUCUGCCCAAACUCUGAA